CACGGAGACGGAGUUGUUAUUUUGUAGGUAGCCUGCAGCCUGGGGAGGCGAGCCCGCUAACUAGCUAGCUAGUUAGCUAGCUAGCCACUGUUUAUUUUUAAGCUUGAAUUUGAUUUUCCUCACUUGCUUUUCUGUUACAUUUAUUCAAGUAACUGGUCCAGUUCCGGAUAUAACAAUUGUAAAGCGGUUUAAGCAGUUUUUAAGCUAGCUAUAAUGGAUCCAAUGGUGGCAGAGCUCUUUGGUGCCAGUUCCGGAUUGAAGUCGGGUUCUCAAGGACUGUGCUCUGGUUCUGGCAACGGGUUUGGAAUGGUCUCCAAAAAAGCAUGUUCGAAGAACGGCAAAAAAGUAAAGAAUCGAUCAGCCAGGAACACAAAACCCAGCAAUAACCCUCCGUAUCUACCUCCAGAGGCUGAAGAAGGAAACAUAGAGUACAAGCUGAAGCUGGUGAACCCCACGCAGUACCGCUUCGAGCACCUGGCGACGCAGAUGAAGUGGCGGCUCCAGGAGGGGCGGGGCGAGGCGGUGUACCAGAUCGGCGUGGAGGACAACGGGCUGCUGGUGGGCCUGUCGGAGGAGGACAUGAGGGCCUCGCUGAAGACGCUACGCAGGAUGGCAGAGAAGGUCGGCGCUGACAUCACCGUUCUCAGAGAACGAGAGGUGGACUACGACUCGGACAUCCCCCGGAAAAUAGCAGAGGUUCUCAUCAGGAAGGUGCCUGACGAUCAGCAGUUCCUGGACCUGCGGGUAGCGGUGCUGGGAAACGUGGACUCGGGGAAGUCCACCCUGCUGGGCGUUCUGACCCAGGGCGAGCUGGACAACGGCCGGGGACGGGCGCGCCUCAACCUCUUCAGGCACCUCCACGAAAUCCAGUCCGGCAGGACGUCCAGCAUCAGCUUUGAGAUCCUGGGCUUCAACAGCAAGGGAGAGGUGAGCCUAAAUACUCGACUCCGAACAAGGUGGAAACUACAGUGAGCUCGCGCGAGGGUCUCAAGCUAAAUGAUCACGUUCAUCGACCUUGCCGGCCACCACAAGUACCUGAAGACCACCAUUUUCGGCCUUACCAGCUACUGCCCGGAUUUUGCCAUGCUGGUGGUGGGAGCCAACACAGGCAUUGCGGGUACGACGCGGGAGCACCUUGGCCUGGCCAUGGCCCUGAAGGUGCCCAUCUUCAUCGUGGUGAGCAAGGUGGACCUGUGCCCGCGUGGGACGGUGGAGCGGACCGUGCGCCAGCUGGAGCGCAUCCUAAAACAGCCCGGCUGCAACAAGGUGCCCAUGCUGGUGUCCAACGAGGACGACGCCGUCACCGCCGCCCAGCAGUUUGCCCAGUCGCCCAGUAUCACGCCAAUCUUCACCCUGUCCAGCGUGUCGGGGGAGAGUCUGGACCUGCUCAAGGUCUUCUUCAACAUCCUGCCCCCACUCAGCAACAGCAAGGAGCAGGAGGAGCUAAUGCAGCAGCUCACAGAGUUCCAGGUGGAUGAGAUCUACACAGUGCCGGAUGUGGGGACGGUGGUGGGAGGAACUCUCUACAGUGGGAUCUGCAGAGAGGGGGAGCGGCUGGUUGUGGGGCCCACUGACCAGGGCCAGUUCCUGGGGCUGAAGGUGCACAGCAUGCAGAGGAACCGCUCCACCUGCAGGGUGCUGAGGGCCGGCCAGGCCGCCACGCUGGCGCUGGGGAACUUCGACCGCUCGCUCCUCCGCAAGGGCAUGGUGAUGGUGAGCCCGGAGAUGAACCCCACCAUCUGCUGGCGCUUCGAGGCCGAGAUCGUCCUGCUCUUCCACGCCAAGACCUUCCACAAGGGCUUCCAGGUGACCGUGCACGUGGGCAACGUCCGGCAGACGGCCACAGUGGAAUGCCUGCACGGGAAGGAGGAGCUGCGGACGGGCGAGAAGGCGGUGGUGGUCUUCCGCUUCAUAAAGCACCCCGAGUACCUGAAGGUGGGGGCCAAGCUGCUGUUCAGGGAGGGCGUGACCAAGGGCAUCGGCCACGUCACCCACCUACAGCCCGCCUCCCUCUACCAGCAGGACUCGUAGGGAGGCUGGCGAUAUCCCAGCAUUCUCUCCAUAGCUCCUUCCUCCGAAUGCCUUUUUUCUUCCCCCCCCCCCCUCGCUCUCUUUGUAAAUUCUGUCCCUGGGUUUGCCUUCACUCGUGUGUUUUCUCCACACCCCCUUGUUUUCUCCCUUACCUCCAAAGACCUUCCUCAUAUUUUAACUGAAUUUGUUUCUGACGGCCUUGGGUUUUUGCAUUUCAAAUUGCGGCAUCCUUCUCUCUCUCUCUCUUUUUUCUUUUCUUUUUUAAAUGUAUGGCGUUGUGGACUGUUAAGUGGGUGGGGGGCAGGGGGGCGGGUUGUGGGUUCUUGAGUACUCGCCAGGCUUGCGGUCAGCCCGUCUUCCCCAGACGGGCGUGGCUGAGGAGCCGGAGCGCCAGGUGUUUGUCAGGUCAGUAGCAGAAGGUUCCGGGCCCUGGGUCUGGAGGGGACGCCGUAUCAGAGCUGGACUGAGCAUGAGCGCACCUCCACUAACACAAUUUCACCCUUCCUGUUCAGGCCAGUGUUCGGUUACAGCUAAAUCAGUUCUCAUUGGUCGAGCUUAUUGCUCUGUCAUAUUGGCUGAUUCCUAUUGGUGGAGCUCUGCUGGAAGGAAACCCAGCAAGGCGGAUCGUGCUCCCCAGAGGCCGGGUCCGGAAACACUGCUUUAUGCAGUCUCCGAGGCUGCCCUUCAGAGAGAGAUUUCUAAAAUUCUCAUCUCUGAACUGCAGCGAGUGCAGCGAGAGAGAGAGGGAGGAUGAGCGGCUGUCUGGGCGGGCGUGCCCCUGAAACCAGGUGGAGUGCCGCUUAGAAGAGUUUACAUGGGGAUGUCAGACUCCAGCCCCGGAGGGCUGCCGUUCCUGUUUUUCUGGCCUCCUGUCAGUCAGGACAUUAGCUGCUGGAGUGCAGAAAGGCAGCAGAGGCCGGGUAGACCCUGUGGCCCUCCGGAAUCGGAGUUUCACGUCCCUGCUUUCAGAACUACAUCUUACAAAUGUGAACGAGGCACUGAGCUGCUCCAUAAACGCAGUGUGACGGGGAGGUUCGGCGGCACCCAGCGCUUUGAAAUGUUUACAGUUCCAAAAAAAAACAAAAAACAAUCCACGAGCUAGCUGUAGAGGGCGUUUCCAGGAGACUUUGUCUCCACGGCAGCUACCAGGACUGCUAUGAGCCGAGGAGAGAGUGCCAGGCACAAGCCCCUCCCCUGUCAGAAACCCAGCACAUCUCCCAUUGGCCGUGUGGGCCUGGGCACACAGCAAAUGACCCAGACCUGGAGGAACACACAGAGUAUUUUUCCUUUGAGGUCAAAGGGCAUUUGGGGGGUCAAAGGACAUUCCUUUGUUAAUAUCAAGGGAGCUUCUAACACUUGUUACUGAGAGGACUACUUCAAGCUACAGUCCCGUUCUAUGGAACAGUGGGGGUGUGGUCUCCCCAAAAAGUCUUUCACAGCAGACUCGCUUCUCUUCCCCCCCCCCCACCCCCCCCCUCGGGCAGGUCACGUGGGUACCUUACCCAUUACCCUGGUACAUUUAUUUUCCUUGUUUGGAAAAUCGCGAACAAGAAUUUUCACAACGCCUUUCACGUAGCCCUGGCUGAUAACCAGCGAGUGGAAUCCUACCUGCCUAUUUCAAGUGCUUUAGUUGCUUGGGAUAAUCGUAGAUCUCUUGGAGAGCAUUCCAGUUUCAGUGCUGCCUAUUCAGUUCCCUCGUUACUGAGAGAAAAUGUCACACCUUGGUAUCCUCUAAUGUUGAGACUGACAGUCAAAAUAUAAAACAGUACGCUGCUGACUUGCACAGCACCGAACGCCAGUGUUCCUCGGUGGUAUGUGCUGUGCACGAAUGCUGUGCUUUGCGUGUGAGGACGUCGGUCUUAAUAGGGCCCAGUGUGGACCGUCCUAUCGGUCCAGUAAUGCAGGUCAGCAUCUCAGCUUUAUCUUUUGUAGUUUUAUCACUUUAUAUUUACAGUGGGGGUCAAACUCAGUGCCUACAAAAGAGGGACUACAUUUGUGUUUCCCCCGUGAUUUUAGUACAUUUAAAAAAAAUUUGAUUUGGUGCUACUCUGAAACGUAGUUUGAUAACUGUACACUGAGCGGGGACAGCGUAAGCGCGUUAUUGAAUGCCAUGUUCAGGACUUGAGGACUGUGUCAGACUCGAUGCAUGUCGCGAGUGAAAAAGAGGAGAGGGUGCUCCCUCUGAAAAAACAGAUGCAGUAAAAAAAAAAAAAAAAAAACUCCCCGUCCGGAGGCCUUUAAAACGUGUUGUGUGUCCACCGUGUGUUUGCCCGUAUUCAUACGUGGUCCUCGUGCAAUCGUAGACAGAAAAGCAAAAAAACGAAUGUAUACGAACCAAAACAUUUUAUAAAGGGGAAAGCUAAUCAAAUUGUUUCAGAUAAAAACCAAAUGCUUUUUCGUUUUUACUUGUUAAAUGCGUUUCUUCUUGAAUUUGUGUGUCAUCACGUUGUCGCCCAGUUUCCCCGUUCCCCAGGUCGGAACGUGACGGACGGGCCCAUGUCAGCACGGGUGUUCUUUUUCACCAACACAGAAAAAGUGUUUUCUUUUUCUUAAAAUCUAAUCUAAUAUUUUAAUCUGCUUUUGGAGUGAAGUACUAGAGAUUUAUGUACAAAUCCUGUUUGUAUAUUACGGUGUACAUAAAUAAAAUGUUUUAUUACUGA